GUUAACACGGAAGUCUUUGAGGAAUUUCAGUAGCAAAUUGAGAACCAAUUCUCCGCUCAAACCACCGCCAUGCAGCAGCUCAAUCACACGGUGCAACAGGUGCAGCGUGACAUCUCCGGCUUACUCGCACGGGUGGAGAAGCAUGGGGACGACUCCGGCAAUUGCGGGGGAGGGCGUGGCCCAGACGCCUUGCAUGGGGGUCAUCCUACAUCGCGGUUGAAGAUUGAUAUGCCUAAGUGUGACGGGACUGACCCGCUGGGCGUGGCGGAGGCGAACCUUCAAUCCUUAUUUCAUGCCGGCCUCAAGUCCCACCUUCAGCAUGAGAUGAUGUUGCAAAAACCCGAGUCCUUGUCAGCGUCAUUUGCUUUGGCCCGUGAAUUAGAGGCGAAGCAUGCUGCAUGGGCCUCUUCACUGCCGCAACGACCAACUCCAUGGGGGAAACCUGGGCCGGUCAAUUCUGCCCCUCCCUUACUGCCUACGCCGGGGACUAAACCCCCUGCGGCUGCCAGCUUCCCACAACCACCAAUACGGCGUCUUUCACGGGUCGAGAAGUUGGAGCGCGAUUCGAAAGGGUUGUGCUACAAUUGUGACGAGAAGUGGACGAAGGGCCACAGUUGCGGCCGAUUCCUCCUUCUCAUUGAGGAUGAUGAUGACACCCCCGAGCAGCCCGCCGUGGAUGACACAGUUUUGACCGCCGAUGUGUCUUCUUUAAAUAGCAUGGCUGGGGUGUCUACGCCGCGCUCCCUACGGCUGUCAGGUAUGCUCGCCGAUGCAGUGGUUGAGGUUUUGAUUGACGGGGGUAGUACCCACAAUUUCAUCCAUCCCGUCGUCGUCGAGAAAUUGCAGCUCCCGGUACAUGACGUCCCUGCCUUCCGCGUAUAUGUAGGAAAUGGGGCUUCCCUGCUUUGUAACACGCAAUGUCGGGAUUUGCUCUUACUGCUCCAAGGUACCACUUUUCCAGUUGAUGUGUACGUUUUGUCGAUACAUGGGCCCGAUAUUGUUCUUGGCGUCCAAUGGUUGCAGCUUUUGGGACGCGUGACUCACGAUUACGCAAAACUCACGAUGGAGUUUUCAUGGAAGGGGGCCCCAGUUUCCUUGUGCGGCAGCAUUCCCACACCAAAGCCGGUUUCGGUUCACCAUUUUCAUACCCUUUACGCCGAUUGGGAUAUUGCCGCGUGCUUCGAGAUCACAGUAGCUGCGCAAGAGGUGCCCACUGUUGCUUCAGAUUUUCAGCUACCAGAGGGUCUGCCAGCAGCAAUUCGAGGGGUUCUCACUCGGUACAAAGCAGUGUUUGGCAUACCCAGUGGGCUGCCUCCUCGGCGUCUGGCCGACCAUCGGAUUUUCCUUCAACCGGGGUCUGAUCCGGUUAAUGCCGGAUGCAUUCAGUCUACUCUAGCCGAAGAUAUACCUCUAGCUUUUGAUUACAAUUAUGGUCACGAUUCAAAGCCUCCCUCGAGCAUCUGGACGGUGGUGUGGGGAUCCGGAGGAGCCGAAGAAGACGAAGAAGCCGCCCCAACACCACCUCCGUCCCCCCCUAAAAGGGCGGCGGCGGCAUUCUCCAUGCCCGUGCUCGCAGCAGACGACGAGCCUCUCUGCAGAAACUCCAUCUCGGAGGGGGAGAAGCGAGGAGCAAAACCAGAGGCAGCACCUGACGACGACCUAGCUAGGGAGAGCCUCAACCUUCCGUUCUCUUCCACGGCCUUGGUGAACUCCUCCCACGCUGAAGGGGGGAGAGGGAGGGAGGGGGAAGAGAAACUGGGCCGCAGUGGCAAAGGAGUAGUCUCCCCCCCUCCUUCUCCUUGCAGAAGCCAUGGUAGGUAGGUAGUUUAAUUGUGCAAGUAAUAAGAGAGAAGAAGAUGAAAGAUUCUGCUAGGGUGGGUGGGUGCGGUGCUUUUGGACUUUGCACUACACCUCUCUUUAUAUCCAAGCAUUUUUCUUCCGUGCCUUGGCUCCCCUGGGAGGGUACGGAUCCCUCCUCCAAUGAAUUGAUGCCAUGUGG